GAGCGCGGCGCUGCCCCGCGGCCGCCCCCAUGCAGCCUGCCAUGAUGAUGUUCUCCAGCAAGUACUGGGCGCGGAGGGGCUUCUCGCUGGACUCAGCCUUCCCGGAGGAGCGGCCCGCCGUCGGCAGCCACAGCCUAAGCAGACCGUGUUCUGGGAAAAAUGAGGAAAAGAAAGGGAGCAAGGGAAAUGGGAAAGGUGAAUCCAUUUCUGAAGGUGGAAAGACAGCUGUGGUGUUUUCCUUGAAGAAUGAAGUUGGUGGAUUGGUGAAAGCUCUUCGACUUUUCCAGGAGAAACAUGUGAGCAUGGUUCAUAUUGAAUCACGAAAAUCAAAGAGAAGGAACUCGGAGGUGGAAAUUUUUGUGGACUGUGACUGCACUAAGAAAGAAUUUAAUGAACUUAUCCAGUUGUUGAAGUUUCAAACUAAUAUUGUAUCUCUCAAUCCACCAGAAAACAUCUGGACGGAUGAAGAAGAUCUCGACUGCGUCCCUUGGUUCCCCAGGAAGAUAUCAGAAUUAGACAAAUGCUCACAGAGAGUUUUGAUGUAUGGAUCUGAGCUGGAUGCAGAUCACCCUGGAUUUAAAGACAAUGUCUAUCGGCAGAGAAGAAAGUACUUUGUGGAUGUUGCCAUGAGCUAUAAAUAUGGUCAACCUAUUCCCAGAGUGGAGUACACAGCUGAAGAAAUUAAAACGUGGGGGGUGGUGUUUAGGGAACUCAGUAAACUCUAUCCCACCCAUGCUUGUCGUGAAUAUUUAAAAAACUUCCCUCUGCUGACUAAGUAUUGUGGAUACAGAGAGGAUAACGUGCCUCAGCUGGAAGAUGUUUCUAUUUUUCUUAAAGAAAGGUCUGGCUUCACAGUGAGACCAGUUGCUGGAUACCUGUCUCCCCGAGAUUUUUUAGCUGGCUUAGCAUAUAGAGUAUUUCACUGCACUCAGUACGUACGUCAUGGCUCAGAUCCUCUCUACACACCGGAACCGGAUACAUGCCAUGAACUCUUGGGACACGUGCCUCUACUUGCUGAUCCCAAGUUUGCACAGUUUUCACAGGAGAUAGGACUUGCUUCACUGGGAGCAUCUGAUGAAGAUGUUCAGAAAUUAGCCACUUGCUAUUUCUUUACUAUUGAAUUUGGCCUUUGCAAGCAAGAAGGACAACUGCGUGCUUACGGGGCAGGUCUUCUGUCUUCUAUUGGUGAAUUAAAGCAUGCUCUUUCUGACAAGGCCAAUGUGAAAACAUUUGAUCCAAAGACAACCUGUUUACAAGAAUGCCUUAUCACUACUUUCCAGGAAGCUUACUUUGUUUCAGAAAGUUUUGAAGAAGCCAAAGAAAAGAUGAGAGACUUCGCCAAAUCAAUCAAUCGUCCCUUCUCUGUGUAUUUCAAUCCAUAUACGCAAAGCAUUGAGAUUCUGAAGGAUACCAGGAGUAUAGAAAAUGUCGUCCAGGACCUCCGCAGCGAUCUAAACACUGUAUGUGAUGCUUUAAGCAAAAUGAACAGAUAUUUAGGAAUUUGAUAUGUGUGGCACUGUGAUUUGCUUUUUCUGUAGCCAGUCUAAUAACAUCACAUGAUAUGGCUAACUUCUCAAAUGCAUCAGUUUUCCCUUUACAGCUUGACUUGUGGCUUGCAUCAUUGUGUAGCUCUCUCUAAUUGUAAUGUGCAGACAAACCAAGGCAAUGCUAAUUUGUAAACACAACAUGGAAUGUGGCAGAACAUAAUCAUCAGUCCCUCAACACGAUGUCAUGUAUAAGUACACAAUUAAACACUUGCCUGACAAUGGUUUAGUUUCUGUAAGUCGAUUCACUUCAAUGUGUAAGAAAUGGUGUUGCUUAUUUCAUUAAAUCUGAAUUUAUUUUGUUAUAAUCCUUUUCCUCCCAUAAGAAUCCAGAAAAAAUUAUUUGAGACAUUUUAAUUUUCUUUGUAAGAGACUUUGUAUUUCUUUCUGUAGUGGUGAAGACAAUGUUUUGCUCAUAUAUCUGUAACAGAACUGAGUGUCUCUUGUGACUGAACAAUACGAUUUAUAUACCAAUGCUGAGAUCAGGAAGGCGAUGUAUCAGUACUAAAAGGUCUUUGGAGAUUACAGAUUACGAGAACUCACAACUGACAAAUGUUCAAUGUGGCUGAGUAAUUGCAACACAAUAAAAAAAAUUACCAAACCAUCUGACACCUCAUGUAGAAAGGUAGUUCUAGUUCAUGCAUGUGUUUCCUGUGACAGUCCUGAGCAUAAUUCCUCUGUGAGGGCUAUCUGGGAAUAAGAGAGGAAGUGCAUGUGUUAAUUCUGGAUUGUUGAUGUGAAU